CAGACGUGCAAAGUGAAACAUAGCGAAGUAAGGAAAAUAAGUGAAUACUGAGGAGUGUGGCCCACCAGGAUGGCAAAUGUGCUCUGUAGAAGAGCGCGGCUGGUGUCACAGUUACCUGUAGUCCAUGCUGUAGCCCAGAGGGUGAUUUCCGCUCGGCCCUUCUCUGCGGCUGGGUCCUCUGGCUCUGAUGGACCAUACGUCAGUUUACCAUCACAGGACUCAGCAGGGCCCAGGACUGUGUGGCCUGAUGAAAACAUGGGUCCUUUUGGGCCACAGGACCAGCGCUUUCAGCUGCCAGGCAAUGUGGGCUUUGAUUGCCAUUUGAAGGGGACCGAUGAGCAGAGAAGUAGACCAGUCCACCAGACGGUACCGGAUGUGCUCUCCACCCCGUCCAGCAGCGAGCGCCAUGAGUUUGUGCUUGCUCAGUUUGUCAAUGAAUAUCAGGGAAAAGAGGUGUCUUUGCUAGCACAGAGAAUCAGUAAAGCUGAACACUAUUUUGACGACUGGAAUGUAGAAUGCUCCAUGCAUUCCUGUCCAGAGCUGCUAAAAACAGAGCUACAGUUAUUUUUCCCAGCUCUCCCUUCUAGUGCUAUUACUGUUGUCACGGUGACAGAGAAAAACCUGACGGAGGGGAUGAUGGAAGACAGAGGAGAGUUGAUGGAUAAAUUUGUCAGAGGUGCUAAAGAGAUCUGCUUUACACUGUGGAGAGGAGGAUACUGGGCUGACUUCAUAGACCCUACAUCAGGCAGAGCUUAUUUUGGAUCUCAGCCAAAUGACAGUAUUCUUAGCGCCGAUGAUCUGCGGCAUCAUUUGGGCUUUGACAUCGAAUACUUGGCCUCUUGUAGAGUUGUGCGUCACAUCUUAAAGGAGACACCCAUGUUUGUGGGGACACUAAUUACCAACGCACCUUCCAAUAGCCAAAUAAUGGAGAGACUUCAAGGACUCUCAAGUUCAUUUGAAGAGGAAGACUGACAGACUCUUGAAUACGGCCAUUCAAAUACACAAAUAUUGUACUGUUUCCUCACACUUUAAGUUUUUGAUGAAGUUUGGAAUAGAAACUUCUCUGUGAUGAUAAUGUUAUAAUAACCAUGUCAGUUGGUGAUUUCUUUGACCUUAGCUGACCUUAGCUUUUACACGGUCAUAUAAAAAUGUAUUUUACAGACGUUUGCUAAUGACUCUCUCUCAGAUAUACCUAAAUGAAAAAUGUGAACCUCAUGACUGCCUUUUUGGCCUCUAAUUUAUGCUCAUGACAAACAUACAAUAAAGUGCUCACUG